UUGUUAUACUCUUUUUCAUCUUUUCUAGGCAUCUCUGGUGGAAGGUCUUCUUCAUUAGCUCAUUUAACCAUAUCGCUGUACCUGGAAUUCCUGCAAGUUACUUAUUAACCCCUAUCCCUCAGAUUCCACCUCUUUACAAUGGGGAUAAUAAUAGUGUCUGUGCGUAUAAUAUUAGUUUAGAGCACAUAGUAAGUUCUCAAUUAGUGUUAGCCAUUGUUAUUUGCAACAUUUAAAGUUUUAUUCUAUCACCUUAGGGAAGAGUUGGACAUGUAGUAGUGGUUGUGUUUACUUACUUAACAAGAAGAGGAAGUCUUAGUUAACGCCCUAGAGAAACCAAAGGAGAAACUUUGUUCACUACAGUACAAUGCUGAAACUGAAGCUUAGAGUCCCACCCUUUCUGUUGAUAUGCCGAAGGUCACUUGGCACCAAGAGGGAACUGAGAGGAAUAUCCUCUCGGUAUUGCCUGGAAGAUCGCUUAGAGGAGUCUUGCCUGGAUUGUGUGGAACCCAGGAGUGAAAACCACAAUGAAUGGUCAUAUUUCUAAUCAUCCCAGUGGUUUUGGAAUGUAUCCAGCUCAAAUGAAUGGCUAUGGAUCAUCACCCACCUUUUCCCAAAUGGACAGAGAACACAGUUCAAAAACAAGUGCAAAGGCCCUCUAUGAACAAAGGAAGAAUUAUGCUCGGGACAGUGUCAGCAGUGUGUCCGAUAUAUCCCAAUAUCGUGUUGAACACUUGACCACCUUUGUUCUGGAUCGGAAAGAUGCUAUGAUAACUGUUGAUGAUGGAAUAAGGAAGCUGAAAUUGCUCGAUGCCAAGGGCAAAGUGUGGACCCAGGAUAUGAUUCUUCAAGUGGACGACAGAGCUGUGAGCCUGAUUGAUUUAGAAUCGAAGAAUGAACUAGAGAAUUUUCCUUUAAGCACAGUCCAGCACUGCCAAGCUGUGAUGCAUUCCUGUAACUAUGAUUCAAUUCUCGCCCUGGUGUGCAAAGAGCCAACUCAAAACAAGCCCGAUCUUCAUCUUUUCCAGUGUGAUGAGAUUAAGGCAAACCUCAUUAGUGAAGACAUUGAGAGUGCGAUCAGUGACAGUAAAGGAGGGAAACAGAAGAGGCGGCCUGAAGCCCUGAGGAUGAUUUCCAAAGCAGACCCUGGUAUACCGCCUCCGCCAAGAGCUCCUGCCCCGGUGCCCCCUGGGACUGUUACCCAGGUGGAUGUUAGAAGUCGGGUGGCAGCCUGGUCUGCAUGGGCUGCUGACCAAGGGGACUUUGAGAAACCAAGGCAGUAUCAUGAGCAGGAAGAAGCACCUGAAAUGAUGGCGGCCCGAAUUGACAGAGACGUGCAAAUAUUAAACCACAUUUUGGAUGACAUUGAAUUUUUUAUCACAAAACUCCAAAAAGCAGCUGAAGCAUUUUCUGAGCUUUCUAAAAGGAAGAAAAGUAAGAAAGGUAAAAAGAAAGGACCAGGAGAGGGUGUUUUAACUCUGCGGGCAAAACCUCCCCCUCCUGAGGAGUUUGUUGACUGUUUACAAAAGUUUAAACAUGGAUUUAACCUUCUGGCCAAACUGAAGUCUCACAUCCAGAAUCCGAGUGCUGCAGAUUUGGUUCAUUUUUUAUUUACUCCAUUAAAUAUGGUGGUGCAGGCAACAGGAGGUCCUGAACUAGCCAGUUCAGUACUCAGCCCCCUAUUGACUAAGGACACAAUUGAGUUCUUAAAUUAUACUGUCAACAAUGAUGAAAGACAGCUGUGGAUGUCACUGGGCGAAACGUGGAUGAAAGCCAGAGCAGAAUGGCCAAAAGAGCAGUUCAUCCCACCAUAUGUCCCGCGGUUCCGCAAUGGUUGGGAGCCUCCCAUGCUGAGCUUCAUGGGCGCACCGAUGGAACAAGAUCUUUAUCAGUUGGCUGAGUCUGUGGCAAAUGUAGCAGAACAUCAGCGCAAACAGGAGACAAAAAGAUUAUCCACGGAGCAGUCCAGUGUAUCAGAGUAUCCUCCAGCUGAUGGGUAUGCAUUCAAUAACAUGUACACAAGAGGGCCCCAUCCGGACCAAGGGGAAGCAGUUGUGGCUUUUAAGCCAACUCCUAAUCGCCACGUAGAUAGAAAUUAUGAUCCACUCAAAGCACAACCCAAGAAAUAUGCCAAAUCCAAGUAUGACUUUGUGGCAAGGAACAGCAGUGAGCUCUCAGUUCUAAAGGAUGAUAUUUUAGAGAUCCUUGAUGAUAGAAAGCAGUGGUGGAAAGUUCGAAAUGCAAGUGGAGACUCUGGAUUUGUGCCAAAUAACAUUUUGGAUAUUGUGAGACCUCCAGAAUCAGGAUUAGGGCGUGCUGAUCCACCUUACACGCAUACCAUACAGAAACAAAGGAUGGAGUAUGGUCCCAGACCAGCUGAUACUCCCUCUGCCCCAUCACCUCCUCCAACACCAGCUCCUGUUCCUGUCCCGCUUCCUCCUUCUACCCCAGCACCUGUUUCUGUGCCAAAGGUCCCGGCAAAUGUAACCCGUCAGAACAGCAGCUCUGGUGACAGUAUUGUGCGAGAUAACCAGAAACACAAACAACUUCCCAUGGACCGAAGGAAAUCUCAGAUGGAGGAAGUCCAGGAUGAGCUCAUCCACAGACUGACCAUUGGCCGGAGUGCCGCCCAGAAGAAGUUCCACGUGCCACGGCAGAACGUGCCAGUUGUCAAUAUCACUUACGACUCCACACCAGAAGAUGUGAAGACAUGGUUACAGUCGAAGGGGUUCAGCCCUGUGACUGUCAAUAGUCUUGGAGUAUUAAACGGUGCACAACUUUUCUCUCUCAACAAAGAGGAACUGAGGACAGUCUGCCCUGAAGGGUCCAGAGUCUUUAGCCAAAUCACUGUACAAAAAGCUGCAUUAGAGGAUAACAGCGGCAGCUCCGAGUUGCAAGAAAUCAUGCGGAGACGACAGGAGAAAAUCAGUGCCGCGGCUAGCGAUUCGGGAGUGGAGUCUUUUGAUGAGGGAAGCAGUCACUAAUUUGUUUUUAAACUCCAUUUAAAUUUGUGGCAUUAUUCCAACAUGCUUUGUUUUAAGAAGCCAUGAAGGGAAUGUCAGAUUCUUAUUUCUCAGAAUACUUAAGUUAUCGCCAUAAAGAAACAAUGCAAACAUAAGUAAGCGGAGGACUUGUUUCCUGGCCCAUUAUUUUUAUUAAAACUGAGUAAUUUUAAAUAGCUGUUUUGCCCUUGAGAAAUAUUUUGCCUGCUUUACCCAGGUGAGGUUUCUUUCAUUGGAUUAAUUAUUUCAUCCCCCAUCUCAGUGUAUAAGCAGGCAGCUUUUAACAGCGGUGAAUUUAUUUACUGCAGCAAAACAGAGAUAUUGCCCGUGACUUAAAAUCGAAAUAAUUUCAGUUUUGCCCAUGACUGGUGUCUGUCAUUCAGAGCGUAGCUUACUUUAGGCUAGCCUCUGCUUACUUAGGUCUCUUCUUUGACAUACUCAAUGAUAGAAUAUUUAGAUUUAUUUAAAGUUCUUAAUGCCAACAGUUUUUAAAAAAAUAUCAGAACAUUUAAUGAACUGUAAAAUACAAGGCCUUGGACAUGCAAAUAUAAACCUAUGGAGCAUUCCCAAGACAGUUCAUUUGUCAUGGCUCUGUUGAUCACAAUUCCUUGUAUAGCCUGUAUUUUGAUUUAGUUUAUAUUCUGCUUAUUAUCUGUAUUGUGUUCUUAUAUAUGAGAAAGCACAAGUGGAAAAGAGAUCAGAUGCAGUCAAAAUGUGUCCCAGAAAGUAGCCCGCAUUGGUGUGCAUUACAGUAUUUUGUUUAAUGAAGGCCUCGGUUCUGAAUAUUGAUAUGAGUAGUUAAAUGGAUAUUGGGACCAUUUUAUGUGUUUAUCUGUGUCAAGUUUUUCUGAUAAGAAACAAUUAAUUUACGUAUAUUUUAAUCCUGUGAAAGAUUCUAGGUAGAGAAAAGAAAGAUACUUAACCUUCAACAAAUGUUAUUUUUGGAAACACAAUUUUUGUCAUUAAAUGUUAUAUUAUUUCACAUAUAUAAAACAGAUGUUAUGUAAGAAUGUUGUAUAUUUUAACAUAAAUCCAUUUAGAGAGAUUAUCUAGAUUCAUUAAUUUUCAUAGUGCCUUUUUCACAUGAGUCAGCUGGAAAGUCUGCAAUAAACAGUAUUUGCUGUAUGUUAAUAAAUGGCUUCUGUCUCAUUGGCAAAAGGGAUCUUUGGUAUGUAGACUGCUGAUCAGGGUUGAGCAGAAUGGGAAAAACAGAGGCCCACUCUUUUUUUAUUUUUUUAUUUUUUUAACUGAUUUCCAGUAUAGUUUAGCAUCUAGUAAGAGCUGGUCACAGUGGUAAAAACAAAUGUAUGACAGCAGUUAUGAUUACUAAGUGCUUCCACAGAAGUGCUUCCUUAGGUAUCUAUAGUAACUCUAUGAGUUGUAUUUUAUAGACAAGGAAACAGCUUCCUAGGGUCUCAUUUCCCCCCUAAUUAUGGGAGAUACGGGAGUUGCUCAUCUUCCCUAAAACAGUGUCCCUUGGACAAAGUGAAACAAACAUGAGAACGAUGAAGGUUACUCUAGAUCUUUUCCAUGUCAUACGCACUGACACGCAUUUAUAACUUAGCCCUUAUUGAAAGUCUCUGAAAAUGGAGAGAUAAGACAAGAGAAAAUAGAAAAGUUAAAAUAGCCUGAGUGGAAUGUGGCAUAUAUGAUAUUAAAAGAAUUGGUGUAAUUCAUUAAGAUGUCUUUAUGCUCUCAGAUUCCAGUGGAAAAUAACACAAUGGUGGCCACUGCAGGAAGCAGUUGUCUUCUUCCGGG